AUUAACUCUCAGCCAAAUACCGUUCCUGUCACUGCUAGAAAAUAACAUUUAUGCCUUCUGCCAAGUGCCAACACAAGUAAUUAAAGAUUUCCAAUUUUUUCUUUCCCAUAAUUUGUUUAAGCAGAAUUAUUAAGCCAAGCAUUGAAACUGAUGCGUCGGUCUACUUCACCAUCCACAUGCUUCUGCAUCAAAUAAAUACUUUCACUAUAGAAAAAUAGUGGAAAAUGGCCUAUUUGCAACCAAACUAUCUCAACAUUUGGUCUCGGAGAUGUCACACCGAAAAUCAACAUUACUUUAGUCUGCUGAAGAUCAAUAGGAGAUGGAAAAAUUCAGUUGAGAAGGCAAGAAUCAAAAAGUUGAAAAGGCCUUCUGGAGAAGAAAGAAGGGUCGUUUGGAAGGUACAUUGUCGCUCUACUUCGAAUUCAUCAUCAGUCAAUGAAGUGGAGCUGGCUUCAGGGCAGCUGGAAGUUGAAGGAAACACAUACUAUUUAUAUAAUAGAAGAGAUGGAUUUGGUUCUUUAUUGAGUGAGCAUGGAUGGCAUAUAAGGAGGAUGGUGGAGACAGAUGAAGAGAUGAGGAAAGUUGCCGGAGUUCAGGCUGAAGCUUUCCAUGAGCCAGUGGUUUUGUUCAAUGACUUUUUCUUUGAAUUCUUCCAGGCCGAAGUGCUUUCAGGACUCUUGUACAGACUCAGAAACUCACCACCAGACAGGUAUGCCUGUCUAGUUGCCGAGCCUUCAAGGGAUUCCUCUGGCUCUAACAUGGAUGAUCUCGUUGGCGUUGUUGAUGUCACCGUUUCGAGGGAUGAUGAUGUCCUUCAGUACAUCUCAGGAGCAGAUGAAUAUCUUUAUGUUUCUGGCAUAGCCGUCUUAAACAAUUUCAGGAGGAAAAAAGUUGCAACUGCUUUGUUGAAAGCCUGUGACAGGCUUUGCAACCUUUGGGGCUUUGAAUAUCUUGUCCUGCGGGCUUAUGAAGAUGACUGGGGCGCUCGAGAACUGUACUCAAAUGCAGGUUAUAGAGUUGUCUCAGGAGAUCCUGCUUGGUUGACUACCUGGAUUGGUCGAAGGCGGCGGGUUCUUAUGAUUAAAGAGUGUGAUAAUACUUAAAAAGCAGACUGAAUGAAGCCCUUGAAUGAUCAAAUACCAUAACCAUUGGGAUCUGCUAGUCAUUCAAUAACUGAUCGAUCUGGUCUUGGCCAUUAAAAGAUUGAAAUCAGAAUCGAUGAAUUAGAGAAGUUUGCUGACCCUCAAGAAGAAUUGUGAAGCAGGAAGAGUUCCACAGACAGCAAAAACACACAAUCAGUUUUCUUGGCUGUUUUAUUAGGUGCAUAGAAAAUUAGUUUAAACAGGCUAUAGAUUCGACAACCUGCAUUUUAGUGACUUGAGCUGCUUCCAGCUAAAGGACUAACAGUUUGAGCACCAUCCUGCAGUCAAUAUUUGAUCUCCAUUACAAGAUUUCUUCGAUUUCUUUGCCUGGUGGACGGGAUCAGGCUCAUCAAUUUACAUGUCUUGAGAAAUUAGAAUUGCAGCAGUAUUCGAAAUCAAAAGAAAUCCCUUCUUGUUUAAGGUCUAAUUCGACUCUUGAAAUCAUUUGACAUUCGCUGGAGUCCUCUCUCAGCUGUAAGUUUGGUAGAGAAGACUAUGGAAGAACAGGAGAUUGUUACCUUUGGAAACUAUAAUAGCAGAAUGUACUUUCUACUUUUCUAUUUUCAAUUGUCCUUUGCAUUGAUUACACGUAAACAUGGUGAAAUGGCUUUAUCAUUAUCUACCUUUUCUCAA